CAAAUCAGCUGGGUUAUUGUUGUGUUUUUUAGUUGGAUAAACUUCUGAUUAGAAGAAAAAAAUUCUAAUUAGUCACACACUUAUCAAUUUUCAUAAUGGCAACUGGAUACGAAUGCUAGGAUACUAGUGAAUUAUAAUUACACAAACCACGGAAAAUUUAUGUAAUUAUCCCAAAUGAGUUUAUUCACAUAUGCAUAAAAGAAUUAAAAGAUAUUGAAACUCUAAGGUUCAUUCAACAUGUCGGUGGAUGAAGAAAAUCUGAAGUAUGAUUGGAACUGGACUGAAUUCUGUUCAACCGGUAUAAGGCCCUUUGUUGUAGGGUCCAACGAUUUGUUGCCAUGUUUCCUAGAAAUAGUUUUGCAAAUACCUUUGUACACCAUAUUUGCUGCCAUUUCCGCCUAUAAUUUCGGAUUAUUCUCAAGAGGUGUGACAAGGAAUCGGACACAGCUGCUUGCAAUUUCUUUUCGAGCUAUUAUAUGCAUCUGUUUGGCUGCCUUACCAGUAUUAAAAAUCUUUCGAUUCUACAGCAUGGAUGUGAAAUUGUAUGCAGCGGACCUUCUAGUUGUUUGUACAGAAUGUGUAAUGUGGGCAGUUCAUGGAGGAUAUUUGUUAUCGUUAAGGCGCUUUGGAGAUCUAAGUCAUAGAGGCCCUCUAGUAAUGACAGUAAUGUGGCUGGCAGUUUUAGUGCUUGAUGUGGUGUGGCUGCGUUCAAGUCGCCACUUUGAUUGGUGGCCUUGGAGUCUUGUGAGCGUUCUGUUUGAUAUCUCUUAUGGCAUAACUUUGCUGCCCAAAGGCAAGGCGAUCUAUGUAGCGCAACGGUUUCAGCAAGACACAACGGAAACAACAUCGCUUCUAUCACAACGUUAUACGCAUUUCCAUUUUGAUUUCAACGAAGCACAUUUGGGUCAUGCUCAGGAUGAAGCCAAUUACGCAUCUCAUUUAUUCUUCUAUUGGGUUGGACCUUUGAUAUCUAAAGGUUUAGCUGGCAAUCUAAAGCGCAUUGAUGACUUAUUUGAUCUACCCGAAGCGCUAAAUAUAUCGCGUAUAAGUGAAAAGUUGCAAGUUAGCAUAGCCAGAUCCAAAAAUCUUUUCUGGGCUUUACAAAAGGCUUUCGGAAAAGAAUUCUACUCAAUAGGUAUCUUAAGGUUUAUAGCUGAUAUUUCAAGCUUUGCAGGCCCUUUACUAUUAGGUGGUUUACUGAGUCAAGCAACAGUAUCCUCUACCACAAAUAAUGAUGAUGAAACGAAUUGGAAACCUUAUUUGUAUGCAUUGGGUUUAUUUGGGACACAAUUAAUAUAUGCGUUUUGUUCCAGUCAUUUUAAUUGGCGUAUGUCAUUGAUUGGUAUGAAGAUGCGAAUCGGUGUUGUAAGUGCUAUUUAUCGUAAAAGCUUAGAGGCUCGUGGUUUAAAGGAUGCAAAACCAGAAGUAUUAAAUCUUAUGUCUACCGAUACGGAUCGCAUUGUUAACUCUUGUAUUUCGUUUCACUCUUUCUGGAGCAUACCAUUUCAAUUGUUUACCACUUUGUAUUUGCUGUACACCCAAUUGGGAGCCGCUUUUAUAGCUGGAGUUUUGUUUGCCACCUCCCUUAUUCCAAUAAAUCGUUGGUUAGCAAAACGCAUAGCCUAUUAUUCACAGGGCUUAAUGACAGCCAAAGAUGCCCGUCUUUCCGCUACCAGCGAAACCGUGACAGGGGCUAAGCAAAUAAAGCUGAAUGCUUGGGAAGACGUAUUCAUCAAGAAAAUUUUAAAACUGCGUGAGGAAGAAGUCAAGUUUUUGGGAAAACGAAAAUAUCUGGAUGCAUGGUGUGUUUAUUUUUGGGCCACAACGCCCGUAUUAAUGUGCUUCCUCACCUUUGGCGUCUCGGUUUGGAUGGGAAAUCCGUUAGUUGCUGCAACAACUUACACAAGUGUUGCCUUGCUUAACUUAUUAAUAGGACCGCUGAAUGCCUUUCCCUGGGUAUUGAAUGGCUUGAUUGAAGCUUGGAUUUCUGUAAAACGUGUACAAGAACUUAUAGACCUGGAAAAUUUAGAUUUUUCUUCGUAUUAUGAUCCAGUUAUGAAAGGAAGUUCCAUAUCAUCUUCUACAGACGAACAAUUAACUGUACUUCAGUUCAAAGAUGCUUCAUUUGAAUAUGAAGUUGGUGGCAUGGACAAUGAUUUACAAGUAACAACGUUUCGAUUGGAAAAAAUAAAUUUGGAAGUGAAAAAGGGCGAACUUGUGUGCAUUGAAGGUCCGGUGGGUUCUGGAAAAAGUAGUUUCCUAGCUGCAAUUGUUGCUGGCAUUAAUUGCGUUGAAGGUUCCAUAUGUAUACACGAUUUAACUUCAGGAUUCGGUUAUGUUCCUCAAACUCCGUGGCUACAGAGGGGAACUAUACGAGAUAACAUUACUUGGGGUUGUGUAUUUGACGAGCAAUGGUACAAAUCGGUUUUAUUUGCAUGCGCUUUAAAUGAAGAUAUUAUUGCCCUUGGCGGUGAUCUAGUGGGGGUUGGUGAAAAUGGACGUACCCUAUCAGGAGGACAAAGAGCAAGAGUUGCCUUGGCCCGGGCAGUUUAUCAAGAUAAAAAAUUUUAUCUAUUAGAUGACAUUUUAGCCUCACUAGAUGCCCAUGUGGCUCACCAUAUAAUAAAGCAUUGCCUUCUAAAUUUGUUGAAGGAUAAAACACGAAUUGUGGUUACAAGGAGCGAGUCUCUGUUUUACCACGCAAAUCAGAUAUUGCAUAUAGAAAACGGAAAACUAACAAUCAGUGAAUAUAUGACGGAAAGCAUUGAUUUCAGCCUAGAGGACUCGAAUGAUGAGGCAAAUAUGAUGGAAAGACGAACAUCAAUUAACUUGGAUCAGUUUCAUAACGAUGAUAAAAGUGUGGAUAGUAUUAUGUUAGAGGAGUCUCGUGAAUAUGGCAACUUGGCCAUGGGCGUAUUUUCAUGUUAUUGGAAGGCUGUCACAACUCCAUUGGGUGUUGUCGUUCUUAUGUCCGUAGUACUUAUGCAAGUGACUAGAAAUUUAUCCGAUGCGUGGUUGGCGCACUGGGUUACAGAUACCACGCUGGAUCCCAAUGGAAAUGAUACGAAUCUAACACAUUUGGUACAACCUCUAAGAAUAUUUUCCAAUGAAACCCCGCCCGAAGCACAUACUACUGGUUACUAUCUUGGUAUAUAUGCUUCUUUAGCAAUAACGAACUCUUUAAUUACCAUGAGCAGAGCAUUUCUAUUUGCAUUUGCUGGCUUAAAGGCAGCAAAAUAUAUCCAUGACAAGCUGCUUAGCAAGGUUAUGUAUGCAAAAUUUAGUUUUUUCGACAUAACGUCUGUUGGCAGAAUUUUAAAUCGUUUUUCGUCCGACACAUACACAAUAGACGAUUCACUUCCGUUUAUAUUAAACAUACUGCUGGCCCAAGUUGUGGGAUUGAUUGGUUCAAUUGCUAUUAGUUUGUAUGCCAUGCCUUGGCUAAGUUUGGUUAUAAUACCUAUGGUUCCCAUAUAUAUAAGUUUACAGCAUCGAUAUCGACAUGCAUCGCGAGAUAUUAAACGUCUUUCUAGCAAUGCUCUGUCGCCGCUUUACACACAUUUCACAGAAACCCUACAAGGAUUGGUGACAAUAAGAACAAUGCGGGCCAGUACAAGAUUUCAACGUGAUUUCCAUGCAAAACUUGAGGAAAGUAUUAAAGCCCAAUUAACAGCGGCAGCAGCACAAAAUUGGCUAGGAAUUCGUUUACAACUAUUGGGAGCCUUUCUGGUGGGCGGAGCAGGUGUAUUAGCAGCUAUAACCUCAGCCCAUGCCAGCAAUCCAGGGCUGGUGGGAUUAGCUAUCUCCUAUGCCCUAUCUGUUACUCACAUUUUGGGAGGCGUUCUCAAUGCUGUUGCUGAAACCGAGCAAGAGCUGGUGGCAGUCGAACGUGUUGAACAGUAUUUGCAGAUUGAGGGAGAAGACAAUGCAGAUGGCAAUGUCAACCCACCAUUCGGCUGGCCCACACAGGGCUCCUUAGACUUUAGAAACGUACAGCUGUCCUAUAGAGAACAUUUGGCUCCCGCUUUGCAAAAUAUAUCAUUCAAAACCGAAGCAUUUGAGCGCUUAGCAAUAGUGGGACGUACCGGAGCUGGUAAAUCCUCUAUUUUGGCGGCAUUGAUGCGUGUUGCUCCCAUCACAAAAGGAGAAAUUGUUCUCGAUUGCGUAAAUAUUAAAACAUUAUCCCUAUACACGCUGCGAGAACGCAUUGGAAUAAUUCCACAAGAACCCUUUCUUUUUGAGGGCACUAUCAGAGAGAAUCUUGAUCCUCGUGGUAUUCACUAUGACUCGGAAAUAUGGCAUGCCAUCACCAAUUGUUCUGCUGCAACGUAUUUGGUACAAUCGGUCGGUGGCUUAGAUGGCAAGUUAGAGCGUGGUGGAAUUAAUUUAUCCGCUGGACAAAAGCAAUUGCUCUGUUUAGCCCGAGCAUUGCUUAAAAAUUCGAAAGUUGUAUGUAUAGAUGAGGGAACAUCAAAUCUGGAUGAAGACUCUGAAUUUGCAAUGCACCAAGCCAUACGAUCCUCGUUUAAAAGUUCUACAGUUAUAUUCAUAGCUCAUCGCUUACAAGGCUUACACAGCAUGGAUCGCAUCAUUGUUGUUGAUCAAGGUGAAAUUAAGGAGCAGGGUUCACCGCGUGAGUUGGCACAAGAUAGUGCAUCUCUCUUUUAUGGCAUGUUGCAAGCACAACGCAUAGACAAAGAUGAAUUUUAUAAAGAGGCUUAAUGACAAGGAGUAGAGCUGCCAUAAGACUAGUAAUUUUAAACUUAAAUUUGUUUUUAAUUAU